AUGGGGGUCGUGGCUCUGACCAGUACACUGGGCAAUGUUGUCGAAGCCAGCCGCCAAAUGCGAACAAAGUCUACACACACUGUGCAGAGCAUCUGCGAGCGCGUUCUCGCAUCUGAGCUUGUGCCUUUCGAGGCCACUAAGAUGACCUUCCAGGGACAGGAACUGGAAGGACGUCAACAGCUUGGCUUCUACAGAAUGACACAGGGCAGCGCCCUGAAUGUACAUGUCGAGAUCUCGAAGGAGCUUCUUUGCCAUCAGAUGUCAGGUCUCCUGAAAGAACGUGGCCUGUCACUCACGGAGCUGGGAGAUCUGUACUGUUACAGGUAUGGGGCACCCGCUCGCCGUGCCCUGGAACUCCUUGGCUUGCGAUGCACGUUAAAAGAAUUUCUGGCAUCCGCCCCCGAGUACUUCCAUAUUGUGUCUGGCUGCAUCACCUCGAAAGCUCUCCCGCCUGCUGGACAGCUUGUGACAGGUGAUUUAAACCAGCGUUACCUUCAGCUGGACACCAGAAUCGCUGAAUGCAAGUCGGUGAAGGAUGCGUCAGCUGCCCUGGAGCAAGUUGUACGAUCUGUUGAAGGCACUUCAUUGACAGUUGGGCGAGCCAUCUUUCUUGGGUCUGUGGCCCGCGGCACAGCCAUCGAAGGAAAUGCUGAUGCGAAGGCCGUCCUUCUGCUCAAGGGCAUGGCUGCCGCUGACCGCCAAAAGUGGUUGCUAUCGUCGCUGACCAUGUUGGCCGCAGCUCUGAGCAAGGACUUUGGCGAGGGGGCCCAGGUCUCGGUUGCAGAUGAUGCUGUCCAUGUCCGCUUUACAGGAGCUUCGGUGGAGGUGGUUCUGGAUGCAAUUGGAGGCCCUGUGGCCUUGGCCGCUGACCGCAGCGCCAGGGUCUUCGAGAAGCUUCCACCCGCUGUGAAGGUUACCAUGCGGCUCAUGAAGUGGUGGCGCAAUCAGCAACAGUGGUCCAGCGAUGAGGAGCGCCCCUGCGACCUCUUCCUGGAGAAAAUCAUCGCCUCCACGGCCGCGCAUGUGCCAUCGGAUCAGGCAGCUGCCGUCGCUACAGCCUUGAACGUCUUGGCAUCCUUGGAGCAACUGAAGGUGAUGGACCCCAUGGAUUCCACCGUGAACUUGGCUGACUCCAAGAACUUCAACUACAAGCAGCUUGUGCAGUUGGCCUCGCAGUCGGCAGGUCGCUUGAUGCAGUGA